AUGGUACAAGAGAGUGGGGGUGGCUUUACUGAAGCCCUCAUCCCCCAGGCCACUCAACAGAAGAGACCAGCAGUAAGAUCACCCUUUUGCCUACAGUACACCCACCUACCUAACCUGCUACCACCCCACCAAGGUUUCCGUUAGGAAAAUGUGUCGCCGGACAUUUGACCGGCAGCAUUUUAAUUAACCGGACAUUUGAGAAAUUUACCAGACCCAUAUGCAUUGGGUAUGUAACCUGAUUAGGGCAUCCAACCACAGGUGCUCAGAAUGACAAAUCACAUUUUGUUUAUGGUAAUUAAAUAUUAACAGAACAAGUCCAGGAUGCAACGAUGUGCGGUCCUUCUUACCGAAUUCUGAUGCGCACUUUGAAGAUGUUCGAAUAACUGUCCACAUUUACUUUUCCUCAUCCAACAAGACGAGUAACGAAUAGAAAAAUCACUAGCCUAUGUCAAACUGCUAUACCCCAUAGUAGAAAAGUUUACCUAUUCUAUUGGUCAGCUUGUCGAGAAAUAAAUAGCCUAUUCCAAACAGACUCUGGGACAGUUGUGGGACGAUAGAUCCCAAAUUCAUACAACCAGUAGGCCUAGGCUACAUAAAAACAACAACCUUUAAAAAGCAGUGAGUCUGAUACAACAGAUCAGAACAUUUAGCUUAAAAUGUUGAUAAACUAUUAUUUCUUCACAUUAUAAGGGCAGCAAUGAGCACAAGGCAGUAGGCUAUGCGUGGACGUUCGUUCCACAAUGCAAUUAGCGGGAAAACACCUGUUGUCAAAAGGGCACCACACAUGUGAGCGGUUUCAUGUGACAGAGAUGAAAAUAUUCUUUAGACAUUUAGAAAGAGGGGAGAUUUAAUAUGCAACAACUAGCAUGGGUUGCUAAUAUGACUAGGAUUGUGCCUUUGGCUACUGGACAAUGAAAGAAAGUUUAUAUAAAAUAAUUGCCUCCACGGAUAUGGUCUGAUUUUGGCUAGGCUACUUUGAAGCAAGUUAAGACAUGCCUCAUAAUAUGUAGUAAAACGUUCAGGUUUCAACAAUUAAGUAGGCUAUGUUUUCAAAAUGCAUACUGCCUCCAUCUCAUUGAAAGUGGUGUGUGACGCGCUGAUGAAGCCUGCCUUCCGUUGCCUAUGCAUUUGCUGUUUGAGAUGCAGUAGGAGCAGCAGCUCUCGUGCUCUCAGAUUUCCCCCUCAAAGGCUCUGUAUCUGUAAGCUGUACGCAUGUGAUAAAUAAGAUGCAUAACAAAUAUACUGUACACACGCCAAAUUUAAUUCCAUUAAAUUAUGCAAAUUGACCUAUAGACCAGGAGAUACCCUUCUAUUUAUGGAAAAAUUACACUGAUUAACUCCUUAGUCAUAUCUCAGUUUACCUACUUACUUAUGGCGCUGCCUACUCCUGAUGAUUGAUUUUUCAAAUCAUAUGAGCAAAAAUAUUUCGCUUUAUCUGGGAUGCUAAACCAGACAAGAUAAAGCGUUCGUAAAGUAUUCAGACCCCUUGACUUUUUCCACAUUUUGUUACGUUACAGCCUUAUUCUAAAAUUGAUUAAAUUAAUUUUUCCCUCAUUAAUCUACACACAAUACCCCAUAAUGACAAAGUGAAAACAGGUUUUUAUAAAUAUUCGCUAAUUUAUCAAAAAUAAAAAACAGAAAUACCUUAUUUAAGUAUUCAGACCCUUCGCUAUGAGACUCAAAAUGAGCUCAGGUGCAUCCUGUUUCCAUUGAUCAUCCUUGAGAGUCCACCUGUGGGAAAUUCAAUUGAUUGGACAUUAUUUGGAAAGGCACACACCUGUGUAUAUAAGGACCCACAGUUGACAGUGCAUGUCAGAGCAAAAACCAAGCCAUGAGGUCGAAGGAGUUGUCCGUAGAGCUCCGAGACAGGAUUGUGUCGAGACAAGAUUCUCUGGUCUGAUGAAACCAAGAUUGAACUCUUUGGCCUUAAUGCCAAGCAUCAAGUCUGGAGGAAACCUGGCACCAUCCCUACGGUGAAGCAUGGUGGUGGCAGCAUCAUGCUGUGGGGAUUUAUUUCAGCGGCAGGGACUGGGAGACUAGUCAGGAUCGAGGGGAAAGAUGAAUGGAGAAAAGUACAGCGAGAUCCUUGAUGGAAACCUGCUCCAGUGCGCUCAGAACCUCAGACUGGGGCGAAGGUUCACAUUCCAACAGGACAAUGACCCUAAGCACACAGCCAAGACAAAGCAGGAGUGGCUUCGGGACAAGUCUCUGAAUGUCCUUGAGUGGCCCAGCCAGAGCCGGGACUUGAACCCGAUCUAACAUCUCUGGAGAGACCUGAAAAUAGCUGUGCAGCGACGCUCCCCAUCCUACCUGACAGAGCUUGAGAGGAUCUGCAGAGAUGUGACCGUUCCUGGUGCAAAAACAAUGUCCUAUCCCGGAGCUCGAGUAAAUGACAUUACUAAGCUGCUCCCAAAUGUACUACGUCAGGACAUGGAAAUCGAUUCUAUCGGAUUCCAUGUGGGUUUUAAUGACAUUAUGAAGGGCAUCUCUGAACAGUUGAAACUGGAUUUUAAAGAGCUGAUUGACUCUCUGCUAGACACUAACAAAAUACCCAUCAUAUCUGGCCCUGUGCCCUCUCUGAAUCGUGGCAUUGAACGCUUUAGCAGGAUUCUUUCUCUUCACAACUGGCUACGUGAUUAUUGCAGCUCAAUGGGUUUAACUUUUGUUGACAAUUUCGAUACCUUUUGGAAACAAAACACGUUUUAUAAGGAGGAUGGGAUCCACCCAAAUCAUUUGGGUUCCUGGAUCCUUUCACAGCAUUAUAAGGCUGUGUUGAGACAAUGACUUAUCAAUAACCCAAGCCCAACUCAGCUAAUCCCUACCAUUGUGACGCAGAGUUGUCAUAAUGCUUCAGCAAAUGUACAUUACACCAGGGGCGUCGGUAGACACAAUAUAAGUAACCUAAUUUAUGUCCCUCUAACUGGCCUGGAUGCCUCUGCUGAUCCUACAGCUAUUGUAUGCAGUAAUCAUGUGCAUAUGAACCAGAUUUAUACUGUUAGCACUGAGCCGGUGUGCCCUAGGAGGAGGUCCACUGUGUGCAGCUCACCCUGCACUAACAUAAAUAACAUGAGCACAUCUACUGCUGCUUAGCUUCACAGUAAAGCAAUAAAAACAAGUAAGCAUCCAGAAGAAAAGUGCUCAAAAUAGCCCACGUUAACAUACAGUCAUGGCCAAAAUUGUUGGCACCCCUGAAAUUUUUCCAGAAAAUGAAGUAUUUCUCACAGAAAAGUAUUGAAAUUACACAUGUUUUGCUAUGCACAUGUUUAUUUCCUUUGUGUGUAUUGGAAUAACACAAAAAAAAACAGGAAAAAAGCAAAUUUGACAUAAUUUCACACAAAACUAAAUAAAUGGGCCGGACAAAGUUAUUGGCACCCUUUCAAAAUUGUGGAUAAAUAAGUUUGUUCCAAGCAUGUGAUGCUCCUUUAAACUCACCUGGGGCAAGUAACAGGUGUGGGCAAUCUAAAAAUCACACCUGAAAGCAGAUAAAAAGGAGAGAAGUUGACUCAGUCUUUGCAUUGUGUUUCUGUGUGUGCCACACUAAGCAUGGAGAACAGAAAGAGGGAAAGAGAACUGUCUGAGGACUUGAGAACCAAAAUUGUGGAAAAAUAUCAACAAUCUCAAGGUUACAAGUCCAUCUCCAGAGAUCUAGAUGUUCCUUUGUCCACAGUGCGCAACAUGAUCAAGAAGUUUGCAACCCAUGGCACUGUAGCUAAUCUCCCUGGACGUGGACGGAAGAGAAAAAUUGAUGAAAGGUUGCAACGCAGGAUAGUCCGGAUGGUGGAUAAGCAGCCCCAAACAAGUUCCAAAGAAAUUCAAGCUGUCCUGCAGGCUCAGGGUGCAUCAGUGUCAGCGCGAACUAUACGUCGAAAUUUGAAUGAAAUGAAACGCUAUGGCAGGAGACCCAGGAGGACCCCACUGCUGACACAGAGACAUAAAAAAGCAAGACUACAGUUUGCCAAAAUGUACAUGAGUAAGCCAAAUUCCUUCUGGGAGAACGUCUUAUGGACAGAUGAGACCAAGAUAGAGCUUUUUGGUAAAGCACAUCGUUCUACUGUUUACCGAAAAUGUAAUGAAGCCUUCAAAGAAAAGAACACAGUACCUACAGUCAAAUAUGGUGGAGGUUCAAAGAUGUUUUUGGGGUUGUUUUGCUGCCUCUGGCACUGGGUGCCUUGACUGUGUGCAAGGCAUCAUGAAAUCUGAGGAUUACCAAAGGAUUUUGGGUCGCAAUGUAGGGCCCAGUGUCAGAAAGCUGGGUUUGCGUCCGAGAUCAUGGGUCUUCCAGCAGGACAAUGACCCCAAACAUACUUCAAAAAGCACCCAGAAAUGGAUGGCAACAAAGCGCUGGAGAGUUCUGAAGUGGCCAGCAAUGAGUCCAGAUCUUAAUCCCAUUGAACACCUGUGGAGAGAUCUUAAAAUUGCUGUUGGGAAAAGGCACCCAUCCAAUAUGAGAGACCUGGAGCAGUUUGCAAAAGAAGAGUGGUCCAAAAUUCCGGGUGAGAGGUGUAAGAAGCUUAUUGAUGGUUAUAGGAAGCGACUGAUUUCAGUUAUUUUUUCCAAAGGGUGUGCAACUAAAUAUUAAGUUAAGGGUGCCAAUCAUUUUGUCCGGCCCAUUUUUUGAGUUUUGUGUGAAAUUAUGUCAAAUUUGCUUUUUUCCUGUUUUUUUUGUGUUAUUCCAAUACACACAAAGGAAAUAAACAUGUGCAUAGCAAAACAUGUGUAAUUUCAAUACUUUUCUGUGAGAAAUACUUCAUUUUCUGGAAAAAUUUCAGGGGUGCCAACAAUUUUGGCCAUGACUGUAUGUAGCUUAAGAAACAAGGUUCAUGAAAUCAAUAAUUUGCUAGUAACAGAUGACAUUCCUAUUCUGACUAUCUCUGAAACUCACUUAGAUAAUACCUUUGAUGAUACAGUGGUAGCAGUACAAGGUUAUAACAUUUACAGAAAAUAUAGAAAUGCCAAUCUGCCUCACAUAAAGCCCAUUCUGGUGGGAAGCUGCUAUAGACCACCAAGUGCUAACAGUCAGUAUCUGGAUAACGUGUGAAAUGCUUGAUAAUGUAUGUGAUAUCAACAGAGAGGUAUAUUUUCUGGGUGAUUUAAAUAUUGACUGUCUUUCAUCAAGCUGCCCACUCAAGAAAAAGCUUCAAACUGUAACUAGUGCCUGCAACCUGGUUCAGGUUAUCAGUCAACCUACCAGGGUAGUUACAAACAGCACAGGAAUGAAAUCAUCAACAUGUAUUGAUCACAUCUUUACUAAUGCUGCAGAAAUUAGCUUGAAAGCAGUAUCCAGAUCCAUCGGAUGUAGUCAUCACAAUAUAGUAGCCAUAUCUAGGAAAACCAAAGUUCCAAAGGCUGGGCCUAAUAUAGUGUAUAAGAGUUCAUACAAUACGUUUUGUAGUGAUUCCUAUGUUGUUGAUGUAAAGAAUAUUUGUUGGUCCGUGGUGUGUAAUGAGGAGCAAACAGACACUGCACUUGACACAUUUAUGAAAUUGCUUAUUACAGUUACUAAUAAGCAUGCACCCAUUAAGAAAAUGACUGUAAAAACUGUUAAAUCCCCUUGGAUUGAUGAGGAAUUGAAAAAUUGUAUGGUUUAGAGGGAUGAGGCAAAAGGAAUGGCAUUUAAGUCUGGCUGCACAACCGAUUGGAAAACGUAUUGCAAAUUGAGAAAUCAUGUGACUAAACUGAAUAAAAAGAAGAAGAAACUACACUAUGAAACAAAGAUAAAUGACAUAAAGAAUUAUAGUAAAAAGCUUUGGAGCACCUUAAAUGAAAUGUUGGGAAAAAAGGCAAAGUCAGCUCCAUCAUUCAUUGAAUCAGAUGGCACAUUCAUCACAAAACCAACUGAUAUUGCCAACUACUUGAAUGAUUUUUUUCAUUGGCAAGAUUAGCAAACUUAGGCAUGACAUGCCAGCAACAAAUGCUGACAUCACACAUCCAAGUAUGUCUGACCAAAUUAUGAAGAACAAGCAUUGUAAUUUUGAAUUCCGUAAAGGCAGUGUGGAAGAGGUGAAAAAAGUAUUGUUGUCUAUCAACAAUGACAAGCCACCGGGGUCUGACAACUUGGAUGGAAAAUUACUGAGGAUAAUAGCAGACGAUAUUGCCACUCCUAUUUGCCAUAUUUUAAAUUUUAGCCUACUAGAAUGUGUGUGCCCCCGGGCUUGGAGGGAAGCAAAAGUCAUUCCGCUACCUAAGAAUAGUAAAGCCCCUUUACUGGCUCAAAUAGCCGACCAAUCAGCCUGUUACCAACCCUCAGUAAACUUUUAGAAAAAAUUGUGUUUGACCAGAUACAAUGCUAUUUUACAGUAAACAAAUUGACAACAAACUUUCAGCAUGCUUAUAGGGAAGGACAUUCAACAAGCACAGCACUUACACAAAUGACUGAUGAUUGGCUGAGAGAAAUUGAUGAUAAAAAGAUUUUGGAGGCUCUUUUGUUAGACUUCAGUGCGGCUUUUGACGUUAUCGAUCAUAGUCUUCUGCUGGAAAAACGUAUGUGUUAUGGCUUUACAUCCCCUGCUAUAUUGUGGAUAAAGAGUUACCUGUCUAACAGAACACAGACGGUGUUCUUUAAUGGAAGCCUCUCCAACAUAAUCCAGGUAGAAUCAGGAAUUCCCCAGGGCAGCUGUCUAGGCCCAUUACUUUUUUCAAUCUUUACUAAUGACAUGCCACUGUGUCUAUGUAUGCAGAUGACUCAACACUACACAUGUCAGAUACUACAGCAACUGAAAUGACUUAACAAAGAGUUGCAGUUAGUUUCAGAGUGGGUGGCAAGGAAUAAGUUAGUCCUACAUAUUUCUAAAACUAAAAGCAUUGUAUUUGGGACAAAUCAUUCACUAAACCCUAAACCUCAACUAAAUCUUGUAAUGAAUAAUGUGGAAAUUGAGCAAGUUCAGGUGACUAAACUGCUUGGAGUAACCCUGGAUUGUAAACUGUCAUGGUAGUGAUGGCACCGGAGGGGAUGGCUGCCGUUUUAUGGACUCUUAACCAACCGUGCAAUUUUGUGUGUUUUUUUUUAUCUAAAGAAGUCUCAAGGUUUUGCUCGCCUGAGGUAGAGUAUCUCAUGAUAAGCUGUAGACCACACUAUCUACCAAGAGAGUUUUCAUCUAUAUUCUUCAUAGCUGUCUAUUUACCACCACAAACCGAUGCAUGGCACCAAAACCCAAUCAAUGAACUGCAUACGGCCAUAAGCAAACAGGAAAACGCUCAUCCAGAGGCGGCGCUCCUAGUGGCCGGGGACUUUAAUGCAGGGAAACUUAAAUCAGUUUUACCUCAUUUCUACCAGCAUGUUAAAUGUGCAACCAGAGGGAAAAAAACUCUAGACCACCUUUACUCCACACACAGAGACGCGUACAAAGCUCUCACCCAUCGCCCUCCAUUUGGAAAAUCUGACCAUAAUUCUAUCCUCCUGAUUCCUGCUUACAAGCAAAACACUAAAGAAGGAAGCACCAGUGACUCGGUCAAUAAAUAAAGUGGUCAGAUGAAGCAGAUGCUAAGCUACAGGACUGUUUUGCUGGCACAGACUGGAAUAUGUUCUGGGAUUCUUCCGAUGGCAUACACUAUAUCAGUCACUGGCUUCAUCAAUAAGUGCAUCGAUGACGUCGUCCCCACAGUGACUGUACGUACAUACCCCAACCAGAAGCCAUGGAUUACAGGCAACAUCCGCACUGAGCUAAAGGGUAGAGCUGCCGCUUUCAAGUAGCGGGACUCUAACCCGGAAGCUUAUAAGAAAUCUCGCUAUGCCCUCCGACGAACCAUCAAACAGGCAAAGCGUCAAUACAGGACUAAGAUCGAAUCGUACGACACCGGCUCCGACGCUCGUCGGAUGAGGCAGGGCUUGCAAACUAUUACAGACUACAAAGGGAAGCACAGCCGCGAGCUGCCCAGUAACACAAGCCUACCAGACAAGCUAAAUUACUUCUAUGCUCGCUUCGAGGCAAGUAACACUGAAACACGCAUGAGAGCAUCAGCUGUUCCGGAUGACUGUGUGAUCCUGCUCUCCUUAGCCGAUGUGAGUAAGACCUUUUAAACAGGUCAACAUUCACAAGGCCGCAGGGCCAGACGGAUUACCAGGACGUGUACUCCGAGCAUGUGCUGACCAACUGGCAAAUGUCUUCACUGACAUUUUCAACCUCUCCCUGUCUAAGUCUGUAAUACCAACAUGUUUCAACCAGACCACCAUAGACCCUGUGCCCAAGAACACUAAGGUACCCUGCCUAAAUGACUACCGACCCGUAGCACUCACGUCUGUAGCCAUGAAGUGCUUUGAAAGGCUGGUCAUGCUCACAUCAACACCAUUAUCCCAGAAACCCUAGACCCACUCCAAUUUGCAUAUCGCACCAACAGAUCCACAGAUGAUGCAAUCUCUAUUGCGCUCCACACUGCCCUUUCACACCUGGACAAAAGGAACACCUAUGUGUUCAUUGACUACAGCUCAGCGUUCAACACCAUAGUGCCUUCAAAGCUCAUCACUAAGCUAAGGACCCUGGGACUAAACACCUCCCUCUGCAACUGGAUCCUGGACUUCCUGACGGGCCGCCCCCAGGUGGUAAGGGUAGAUAACAACACAUCCGCCACGCUGAUCCUCAACACAUGGGCCCCACAGGGUUGCGUGCUCAGUCCACUCCUGUACUCCCUGUUCACUCAUGACUGCAUGGCCAGGCACGACUCCAACACCAUCAUUAAGUUUGCAGAUGACACAACAGUGGUAGGCCUGAUCAACGACGAGACAGCCUAUAGGGAGGUCAGAGACCUGGCCGUGUGGUGCCAGGACAACAACCUCUCCCUCAACGUGAUCAAGACAAAGGAGAUGAUUGUGGACUACAGGAAAAGGAAGAGGACCGAGCACGCCCCCAUUCUCAUCGACGGGGCUGUAGUGGAGCAGGUUGAGAGCUUCAAGUUCCUUGACGUCCACAUCACCAACAAACUAACAUGGUCCAAGCACACCAAGACAGUCGUGACGAAGGCACGACAAAACCUAUUCCCCCUAAGGAGACUGAAAAGAUUUGGCAUGGGUCCUCAGAUCCUCAAAGGUUUCUACAGCUGCACCAUCGAUAGCAUCCUGACUGGUUGCAUCACUGCCUGGUAUGGCAACUGCUCGGCCUCUGACUGCAAGGCACUACAGAGGGUAGUGCGUACGGCCCAGUACAUCACUGGGGCCAAGCUUCCUGCCAUCCAGGACCUCUAUACCAGGCGGUGUCAGAGGAAGGCCCUAAAAAUUGUCAAAGUCUCCAGCCACCCUAGUCAUAGACUGUUCUCUCUGCUACCGCACGGCAAGCGGUACCGGAGUGCCAAGUCUAGGUCCAAGAGGCUUCUAAACAGCUUCUACCCCCAAGCCAUAAGACUCCUGAACAUCUAAUCAUGGCUACCCAGACUAUUUGCAUUGCCCCCCUCUUUUACGCUGCUGCUACUCUCUGUUUAUUAUCUAUGCAUAGUCACUUUAAUAACUCUAUCUACAUGUACAUAUUACCCCAAUUACCUCGACUAACCGGUGCCCCCGCACAUUGACUCGGUACCGGUACCCCCUGUAUAUAGCCUCACUAUUGUUAUUUUUACUGCUGCUCUUUAAUUAUUAGUUACUUUUAUUUCGUAUUAUUUUAUAUUGUAUUUUAUUAUUUUUGGGGGGGUAUUCUUUCUUAAAACUGCAUUGUUGGUUAAGGGCUUGUAAGUAAGCAUUUCACUGUAAGGUCUACACCUGUUGUAUUCGGCGCAUAUGACAAAUACAAUUUGAUUUGAUUUGAAAACAUAUUGAUACAACAGUAGCUAAGUAUGUCCAUAAUAAAGCGCUGCGCUACCUUCUUAACAGCACUAUCAACAAGGCAGGUCCUACAGGCCCUAGUUUUGUCGCACCUGGACUGCUGAUCAGUCGUGUGGUCAGGUGCCACAAAAAAAGGACUUAGGAAAAUUGCAAUUGGCUAAGAACAGGGCAGCACCGUUGGCCCUUGGAUGUACACAGAGAGCUAACAUUAAUAAUAUGCAUGUCAACCUGACCUCAUCACUACUUAGUAUUUAUGAUAGGUAUUGACAUGUUGAAUGCACGAGCUGUCUGUUUGAACUACAGGUGCACAGCUCGGACACCCAUGCAUACCCGACAAGACAUCCCACAAGAGGUCUCUUCACAGUCCCCAAGUCCAGAACAGACUAUGGGAGGCGCACAGUACUACAUAGAGCUUUGACUACAUGGAACUCUAUUCCACAUCAAGUAACUGAUGCAAUUAGUAAAAUGUUGGAUUAAAAAAACAGAUUUAAAAAAACACCUUAUGGAACAGCGGGGACUGUGAAGCAACACAAACAUAGGCACUGACACAUACAUACACACGAUAGCAUACGCACUAUACACACACGUACACAUGGAUUUUGUACUGUUAAUAUGUGGUAGUGGUGGAGUAGGGGCCUGAGGGCACACAGUGUGUUGUGAAAUAUGUGCCUUGGCAGCAGCUAAUGGGGAUCCAUAAUAAAUACAAAUACAAAAGAAUGGGAGAAACACCCCAAAUACAGGUGUGCCAAGCUUGUAGCGUCAUACCGAAGAAGAGUCGAGGCUGUAAUGGCUGCCAAAGGUGCUUCAACAAAGUAAUGAGUAAAGGGUCUGAAUACUUAUGCAAAUGUUAUAUUUCAGUAGUUUUUUUUUACAUUUGCUAAAAUGUCUGAAAACCUGUUUUUGGUUUGUCAUGCACUGUCAACUGUGGGACCUUAUAUAGACAGGUGUGUACCUUUCCAAAUCAUGUCCAAUCAAUUAAAUUGACCACAUGUGGACUCCAAUCAAGUUGUAGAAGCAUCUCAAGGAUGAUCAAUGGAAACAGGAUGCACCUGAGCUCAAUUUCGAGUCUCAUAGCAAAGGGUCUGAAUACUUAUGUAAAUAAGGUAUUUCUGUUUUUAAUUUGUGAUACAUAAUACGAUACUGACUAGUAUCGCGAUACCACGGUGGAAAAGAAUCAGUGGCCUAGCAUCCUGUGUGCCCCGACCCCCGGAAGCUUGUUCACAUUUUCUAAACGUUCUCCAAAAACCUGUCACUGAAAUUCACACUUUUACUCAAUACAACACAUUGAAUUUAACUUCACACUGUUCAGUGUAUAAUAGAAUACUGCAUAGAAUGGCUGAUUUGCUAAUAUUUGCAAAGGCCUACCUGUGAUUUGGCUGGAGGAAUGGGAGGAAAGAAUAUACAUCAGUGGAGGCUGCUGAAGGGAGGAUGGGUCAUAAUGAUGGCUGGAACGGCGCAAAUGGAAUGGCAUCAAACACAUGGAAGCCAUGCGUUUGAUACCAUUCCACCUAUUCCGCUCCAGCCAUUACCACGAGCCCGUCCUCCCCAAUUAAGGUGCCACCAACCUCCUGUGAUAUACAUGCAUGAGGAUCUGCAUGUCAUUGUGUCAGUAAGGGGAAAACACUUCAGUUAACACAGACACACAGUCUCCCUCCCUUCCUCACACACUCUCUGUCUCCCUCACUCUCAUAAAUACACACACACCACUCUCUCUCUCCCACAAACACACAUACACACACUGCUCCCAACUUUUAAAAGGUUAGGCACCAAACAGAAUUUAAGGAGCACCAGAAAUAAAUAGAUUUUUGAUAUAGUUUAGGCUUCCAUUAGGCAUAUUUGAAUCCUACCUUUUGAAGCACAUCUCAUGAGAAGCAGACCCUUUCCUUUCUUCCUGUGCCAAUCAAGUUACCAGGUUGUUAGCUAGCUAGGUAACAUGAUUGAACAACAUUGUUUGUUAUCAAACCAAUAAUUAGCGACCCGGGAUUAGUUUAAAACGCCCUGCGACAUGGUUUGUGAAAUGAUAUAAAAUGUGCGUGAAUCCCGAUAGAAAGAAAAAAAGGCAUCUCCUGUAAUAUGGGUCAUAGUUUUGAACCGUUUAGUCUAGAGACAAGACGUUUUCUUUGCUGUAAAGCUGCAAGCAUGCCUCUCUGACACUCAGAGGCUGCAUGACAGUGACCUUGCAAAGUCUACUCAGACUGGUCUGUGCUUUUGGUUAUAACAUGUGAUGAAAUGAUACAAUGUAUCAACAUUGCUCGCUUUGCGCGCUGCUCUAAUGUAACAAAUGUACAAAUCUAACAACAGAAGACACAUCAGGGUAUGAGUCUGAAUCCCCGCUCGCCAUCACGGCUAAAUUAUAUAUUUUUUAAACUGACUGAGGAAUAGACACGCACAUAGAGCAGAUAGAGAGAAGCAGGUGAGUGAGUGCUGUUAGGGGAUGCGGCUGGCUGAUUACAGCUGCCAUAUGUGAUAUGCACAUGAAAGGGAAGUGGAUAUUAUUGGACCUGCUCAUUCAAGAGACUAGUGGCUUUUACUUAAAUUCAACUGAAUUUAUUAACAAAACUGACUUUAUAAACAUUUUAUAACAGGCGCCAGCAGGUUCUUUAGAUCGGUAGGGCUAAAAAAGUCAGUAUUGUAUGAAACGGUAGUACGGUAUUCUAAAAUGUUGGUAUCAUAAGUAUCAUGACGUUUUGGUACCGUGAUAUUACCGUACUACAAGCAAGCCAAUCAAUGCCUUUGUCUCCAGUUUGGCUCUCUGUUACACAUGCAAACAUACACACACACACACACACACACACACACACACACACACACACACAGCACAAUACUUGUGUGUUUGGAGUAGACAGAAUAAUAAUUGAUUUGGUCUCACUGAAAAUAGGGAUGUCAUGUAAACACAUUCUACUGCCACUUAGCUAGUUUGAAAGUCACCGCUCAAAAGUCCUAUAUUAGUUUCUACUGUGACAAUCCUGUUUGUGUUAGACAUGUUGACAUGUUAAUAACUUGUUUAUGAUCAUGUGUGCGUGCCGGACGAUGUAAGAACAAUACCUAAUAUGAAGCAUGUCGACUCAGAGUUGAUGCUGUUGUCAAUUUACAUUGUGAUUGUGUGUGUGUGUGAGAGUUUUUGUGUGUCUGUGUAUGCUUGUGUGUGUGUAUAUAUGAGUUAAUGCCAUAUCCCUGCUUUCUCUCCCUGUUAGUUGUCGUGGGGGUCGAAGAUCAAGAAGAAGCUGAAGACUGUAGCUCCCUGCCUCGGCAAAUUCCGACCAUCAGUAGGACAAUGCUGCCACCAGUGUACCCCUGACAGCCUGGUAAGUAGGGAGAGGGAGGAAGACGGAGAGAGAGGCGAGGUGGGUACUUAAGCAAUAAGACCCGAGGAGUAGUAGUAGUAGUGCGUUGCUAGGUAACGACGUAAACAAUGACACUUUUUAUGAAUGUACAGGCCAUGUGUAUGUUGUCUCCAGUGGAGGCUGCUGAGGGGAGAACGGGUCAUAAUAAUGGCCGGAACGGAGCAAAUGGCAUGGCAUUAAACACCUGGAAACCAUUUGUUUGAUGUGUUUGACACCAUUCCACUGAUACCGCUCCAGUCAUUACCACGAGCCCCUUCUCCCCAAGUAAGGUGCCACCAACCUCCUGUGGUUGUCUCGUAUAUCAUGGGCAGGAUAGGCUCUAACAAUGGGAAUUCCAAACCACCUGUUGUAUAAUUAAGCAAUAAGUCCAAUAUACCACAGCUAAGGGCUGUUCUUAAGCACGACGCAAGGCGGAGUGCCUGGAUACAGCCCUUAGCCGUGGUAUAUUGGCCAUAUACCACAAACCCCUGAGGUGCCUUAUUGCUAUUAUAAACUGGUUACCAAUGUAAUUAGAACAGUAAAUAGUACUUUUUUGUCAUACCCAUGGUAUACGGUCUGAUAUACCACGGCUUUCAGCCAAUCAGCAUUCAGGGCUCAAACCACUGGGUUUAUAAAGUAGAUUGCAUCUCAAUAGUGUCUUCCUUUUCCUUGUGUUCCUCCAUUUUGACACCUGUUUACUGUUUUCAGACUAAUGCAGAUAAAGGAGAGAACGCCACUUCAGACUAUUGAAAUGCACCCAUAGAGAGAGACUAUUGAGAUGUACCCAUAGAGAGAGACUAUUGAGAUGUACCUAUACACCCCUUUCUGUGUUUGCAAACAUUGCCGCACAAGGGUGAUGCACGCAGGUUUGUGGCAGAACACGGGGCGUUCUUAUAGAAUGCCAGCAAAAACGCCUCUAUUUACAUGUUGCUUGAGUGCAUUUAGCACUACUUUUGGAUUAUAAUUGGAAGAAUGUAUGAGUCCUGUUUAAUAUAAUGUGUGUGUCAUCAUUGCAAAUCAACUACAUUAUACUUAAAAAACACUUCAACUUCAACCAGUAAAAUUGCUCUUUGGCUAGCUUUUGCUACAGCCUAUAAGAAUGAGUAUUAGCAUUCUAGCUAACAACUGCUGCAUACAAAAUAAUUAUUUUGCAAAGAUCACAACCAAAUAUAAUCUUAGCGACUGUUCAAGCAAGAUUCAAAACAUCAUUGUAAGCGUAUGAGUUAUUUUGUUUAGAAAUAAUAAUAAGAAGAAGAAUCUAAAUGUUGAAUGGGCGCAGAUGGCGAUGGCUUUCUUACUGCCGCCAAGAGUCGUGCGCAUCUGUCCGUGACUUCAGUGUAUCGUGUACUGGAAAAGGGUCUAUAGAGAGAGGCUAUUGAGGUGUACCCAUAGAGAUAAGGUUGACCUGACACACAAAGCACAUUUAGCAAACCCAGUCAUGUCCUAAUAAAUGGCCCAAUUAAAUAACGUCCUUAGAGGACAUUCACUGUUCACAUCAGUCAAUCUCUGCAGCAGUGGUGGCUGGAGGCACUUUAAAUCAGAGGAUGGCUUCAUAGUAAUGGCUGGAACAAAAUGAAUGGAAUGGUAUCAAUCACAUCAAACAUGUGUUUCAUACCAUUCCAUCACUCAAUUCCAGCCAUUAUGAUGAGGUGUGGUACUGGCAGUGUGUAGUAGUCUUUGGACUGGUCUAACCAACUAGGUUGUGUGUUGUGUAUCUGUGUGUCGUGUGUGUGUGUGUGUGUGCGCUCGCUUGCGUUUCAGGGCAAGAAGCUGGGACAGACCAUACCCUCUCUGGGCUUCCAGAAUCUACUGAGUGUCAAUGAGACCCACACCAGGUAGACAUAACACACACACACACUCUCAAAUACACACACACAGACCUCCAUGGCCUUACACUGCAUGCAAACACACGAUGAUGUGAUUUUUCCUGAGUCUUGUAGGUAUCGUGGUUGGCUGGUGAGGAGAGUGUGCUGUGUGCUGUUGGUCAGAGGCUGCAGGGUCUACCCUAGUCCUGCUACUGACAGAGUGGAGCGAGUCUCCCAAAGCAACAGGUACCUGUGUGUGUGUGUUUUAUUGUCACAUGCAUAAGUACAGUUAAAUGCUUAACUUGCAAGCUCUACCCAACAGUGCAGUAAUCAAUAUCAAAAAUAGUAUAACUAAAAUUGAUCGCUCCUACAGACACAUAACGAAAAUAGAUCGCUCCUACAGACAUACACUACCGGUCCAAAAUUUUAGAACACCUACUCUUUCAAGGGUUUUUCUUUAUUUUACAAUUUUCUACACUGUAGAAUAAUAAUGAAGACAUCAAAACGAUGAAAUAACACAUAUGGAAUCAUGUAGUAACCAAAGAAGUGUUAAAAAAAAAUCAAAUUAUAUUUUAUAUUUGAGAUACUUCAAAUAGCCACCCUUUGCCUUGAUGACAGCUUUGCACACUCUUGGCAUUCUCUCAACAAGCUUCAUGAGGUAGUCACCUGGGAUGCAUUUAAAUUAACCUCUACGGGAUCGGUGUCCCGUAUACGGGACGGUUGAGCUAACGUGCGCUAAUGUGAUUAGCAUGACUGUUGUAAGUAACAGCAAACUUUCCAGGACAUAGACAUGUCUUAUAUGGCAGAAAGCUUAAAUUCUUGUAAAUCUAACUGCACUGUCCAAUUUACAGUAGCUAUUACAGUGAAAAAAUACCAUGCUAUUGUUUGAGGAGAGUGCACAACAACAAAAAACUUAGCACGGCAACUGGUUUGAUAAAUUUACAUCUGAAGGUAAAUAAUGUACUUACAUUCAGUAAUCUUGCUCUGAUUUGUCAUCCUAAGGGUCCCAGACAUAAAAUGUAGCAUAGUUUUGUUUGAUAAAAUAUUCAAAUGUAGGAACUGGGUUCUACAGUUUGAACCCCUGCUGUCUCUGGCUCCACACCCACCCCGCCUGGCCAUCUAGAUGUGUGAAAGUUAGUGUGUAAGCUAAUGAUCCAUCAUGUAUGACAUUCCUGGGAGUGUGUAAACUUACAUUUUGUAUUACCAUAUCAUUUUUGUAUGUUCUCUAUAGUUAUGUACUUGAAAAUGUAUCAAUUGACCAAUUCUGCACAUUUUGGCAGACUUGAUACGAAGUAGUCCAGUAUUGCAAUGCUUCACUGGAUCAUUCUGAGACUUUGCACACACACUGCUGCCAUCUAUUGGCCAAAAUCUAAAUCUAAACGCAUGUUUUUUUGUUUGUAUUAUCUUUUACCAGAUCUAAUGUGUUAUAUUCUCCUACAUUAAUUUCACAUUUCCACAAAUUUCAAAGUGUUUUCUUUCAAAUGGUAUCAAGAAUAUGUAUGUCCUUGCUUCAGGUCCUGAGCUACAGGCAGUUAGAUUUGGGUAUGUCAUUUUAGGCGAAAAUUGAAAAAUAGGGUUCGAUCCUUAAGAGGUUAACAGGUGUUCCUUCUUAAAAGUUAAUUUGUGGAAUUUCUUUCCUUCUUAAUGCGUUUGAGCCAAUCAGUUGUGUUGUGACAAGGUGGGGUGGGGGGGGGGGGGGGGGUAUACAGAAGAUAGCCCUAUUUGGUAAAAGACCAAGUCCAUAUUAUGGCAAGAACAGCUCAAAUAAGCAAAGAGAAACGACAGUCCAUCAUUACUUUAAGACAUGAAGGUCAGUCAAUACGGAACAUUUCAAGAACUUUGAAAGUUUCUUUAAGUGCAGUCGCAAAAACCAUCAAGCGCUAUGAUGAAAUUGGCUCUCAUGAGGACCGCCACAGGAAUGGAAGACCCAGAGUUACCUCUGCUGCAGAGGAUAAGUUCAUUAGAGUUACCAGCCUCAGAAAUUGCAGCCCAAAUAAAUGCUUCAUAGAGGCCAAAUUUUUGAUUUUUGGUUCCAACCGCCAUGUCUUUGUGAGACGCGGUGUGGGUGAACGGAUUAUCGCCGCAUGUGUAUUUCCCACCGUAAAGCUUGGAGGAGGAGGUGUUAUGGUGUGGGGGUGCUUUGCUGGUGACACUGUCUGUGAUUUAUUUAGAAUUCAAGGUACACUUAACCAGCAUGGCUACCACAGCAUUCUGCAGCGAUAUGCCAUCCCAUCUGGUUUGGGCUUAGUGGGACUAUCAUUUGUUUUUCAACAGGACAAUGACCCAAUACACCUCCAGGUUGUGUAAGGGCUAUUUUACCAAGAAUGAGAGUGAUUGAGUGCUGCAUCAGAUGACCUGGCCUCCACAAUCCCCCGACCUCAACCAAAUUGAGAUGGUUUGGGAUGAGUCGGACGGCAGAGUGAAGGAAAAGCAGCCAACAAGUGCUCAGCAUAUGUGGGAAGUCCUUCAAGACUGUUGGAAAAGCAUUCCAGGUGAAGCUGGUUGAGAGAAUGACAAGAGUGUGCAAAGCUGUCAUCAAGGCAAAGGGUGGCUAUUUGAACAAUAUCAAAUAUAUUUUGAUUUGUUUAACACUUCUUUGGUUACUACAUUAUUCAAUAUGUGUUAUUUCAUAGUUUUGAUGUCUUCACUAUCUUUCUACAAUGUAGAAAAUAGUAAAAAUAAAGAAAAACCCUUGAAUGAGUAGGUGUUCUAAAACUUUGGACCGGUAGUGUAUAAUGAAAAUGGAUCGCUCCUACAGACAUACAGUGGGGAGAACAAGUAUUUGAUACACUGCCGAUUUUGCAGGUUUUCCUACUUACAAAGCAUGUAGAGGUCUGUAAUUUUUAUCAUAGGUACACAUCAACUGUGAGAGACGGAAUCUAAAACAAAAAUCCAGAAAAUCACAUUGUAUGAUUUUUAAGUAAUUCAUUUGCAUUUUAUUGCAUGACAAGUAUUUGAUCACCUACCAACCAGGAAGAAUUCCGGCUCUCACAGACCUGUUAGUUUUUCUUUAAGAAGCCCUCCUGUUCUCCACUCAUUACCUGUAUUAACUGCACCUGUUUGAACUCCUUACCUGUAUAAAAGACAUCUGUCCACACACUCAAUCAAACCGACUCCAACCUCUCCACAAUGGCCAAGACCAGAGAGCUGUGUAAGGACAUCAGGGAUAAAAUUGUAGACCUGCACAAGGCUGGGAUGGGCUACAGGACAAUAGGCAAGCAGCUUGGUGAGAAGGCAACAACUGUUGGCGCAAUUAUUAGAAAAUGGAAGAAGUUCAAGAUGACGGUCAAUCACCCUCGGUCUGGGGCUCCAUGCAAGAUCUCACCUCGUGGGGCAUCAAUGAUCAUGAGGAAGGUGAGGGAUCAGCCCAGAACUACACGGCAGGACCUGGUCAAUGACCUGAAGAGAGCUGGGACCACAGUCUCAAAGAAAACCAUUAGUAACAUACUACGCCGUCAUGGAUUAAAAUCCUGCAGCGCACGCAAGGUCCCCCUGCUCAAGCCAGCGCAUGUCCAGGCCCGUCUGAAGUUUGCCAAUGACCAUCUGGAUGAUCCAGAGGAGGAAUGGGAGAAGGUCAUGUGGUCUAAACUCCACUCGCCGUGUUUGGAGGAAGAAGAAGAAUGAGUACAACCCCAAGAACACCAUCCCAACCGUGAAGCAUGGAGGUGGAAACAUCAUUCUUUGGGAUGCUUUUCUGCAAAGGGGACAGGACGACUGCACCGUAUUGAGGGGAGGAUGGAUGGGGCCAUGUAUCGCGAGAUCUUGGCCAACAACCUCCUUCCCUCAGUAAGAGCAUUGAAGAUGGGUCGUGGCUGGGUCUUCCAGCAUGACAACCGAAGCACACAGCCAGGGCAACUAAGGAGUGGCUCCGUAAGAAGCAUCUCAAGGUCCUGGAGUGGCCUAGCCAGUCUCCAGACCUGAACCCAAUAGAACAUCUUUGGAGGGAGCUGAAUGUCCGUAUUGCCCAGCGACAGCCCUGAAACCUGAAGGAUCUGGAGAAGGUCUGUAUGGAGGAGUGGGCCAAAAUCCCUGCUGCAGUGUGUGCAAACCUGGUCAAGACCUACAGGAAACGUAUGAUCUCUGUAAUUGCAAACAAAGGUUUCUGUACCAAAUAUUAAGUUCUGCUUUUCUAAUGUAUCAAAUACUUAUGUCAUGCAAUACAAUGCAAAUUAAUUACUUAAAAAUCAUACAAUGUGAUUUUCUGGAUUUUUGUUGAAGUGUACCUAUGAUAAAAAUGACAGACCUCUACAUGCUUUGUAAGUAGGAAAACCUGCAAAAUCGGCAGUGUAUCAAAUACUUGUUCUCCCCACUGUAUAAUGAAAAUGGAUCGCUCCUACAGACAGUGAGUCACGUGGCCAGCCUUAUACUAGCUAUAUGCCAAAACACACACACACACACACACUCUCUCUCUCUCUCUCUCUCUCUCUCUCUCUCUCGCUCUCGCUCUCGCUCUCGCUCUCUCUUUAUAGGGAAAAAACAAGGCCACAUGAAUUGGAAACCACUGAGGCCAGCAGAUAUACACUCACAGGCCAGUUUAUUAGGUACACCACCCUGUUCACGAAAAUGGUUUCGCUCCUACGGACAGUGAGUCACGUGGCCGUGGCUUGCUAUAUAAAGCAGGCAGACAGGUAUCGAGGCAUUCAGUUACUGUUCGACUGAAUGUUAGAAUGGGCAAAACGAGUGACCUAAGAGACUUUGAGCGUGGUAUGAUCGUCAGUGCCAGGCACGACAGAUCCAGUAACUCAGAAACGGCCGGCCUCCUUGGCUUUUCACGCAUGUCAGUGUCUAGGGUUUACCAAGAAUGGUGCGACAAACAAAAAACAUCCAGUCAGCGGCAGUCCUGUGGGAGAAAACAGCUUGUUGAUGAGAAAGGUUGAAGGAGAAUGGCAAGAAUCGUACAAGCUAACAGGCGUGCCACAAACAGACAGAUAACUUCGCAGUACAAGAGUGGUGUGCAGAACGGCAUCUCGUAAUGCACAACUUGUUGAUUCUUGCCAUGGAUGGGCUAUUGCAGCACCGGGUUCCACUCCUAUCAGCUAAAAACUAGAAGAAGCGGCUCCGGUGAGCACACGAUCACCAACACUGGACAAUUGAGGAGAGGAAAAACAUUGCCUAGUCGGACGAAUCCUGUUUCCUGUUGCGUCAUGUUGAUGACAGAGUCAGGAUUUGGCGUAAGCAGCAUGAGUCCAUGGACCCAUCCUGCUUGGUACAGGCUGGUAGCGGUAGUGUACUUGUGUGGGGAAUGUUUUCAUGGCACACAUUAGGUCCCUUGAUACCAAUUGAGCAACGACCGUUUCCGACACCUUGUAGAAUCCAUGUCCCGAAGAAUUCAGGCUGUUCUGGAGGCAAAGGGGGUCUGACCCAGUACUAGAUGGGUGUACCUAAUAAUCUCUCCGGUGAGUGUAUAAAUGUAAACGGGAGUAAUAGUGACCAAUAGCAGGAUAAAAUAGAUAGAUAAUGGCAAUCAAUAAUCAAUGAACAGCAGCGUAGUGGUAAUAAUCCGUCUAAUCAAUAAUGAUUUUAGCAGCAGCGUAGGUGUGAGGGGGAGCAGUAGUUGUUAGCCUUUUAACAGUCUUAUGGUCAGGGGAUAGAAACUGUUUAGGAGUCUGUCGGUCUGAGCUUUGAUGCACCGGUACCGUCUGCCGGACGGGAGCAUGGAGAACAGUCCAUGUCUCGGGUGGCUGGAGUCUUUGGCCAUUUUCGGGCCUUUCUCAGACACCCCCUUGCAUGUACGUCCUUGAUGGCUGGGAUCUCACCCAAGCUCACCUCAAGUGGGUGUGUGUGUUUGUAUGAGUGCAUGCAUGCGUGUUUGUGCGUGCGCGUGUGUUAAGUAAAAUGGCUGCUUUGUCCUGUGUUUCCUCUCCCAACUUGUGACUGUAUGUGUGUGUGUUUCAGGGUGCAGAAGGCUCUCUCCUCACCACACAUAGCACCAGUGGGGGGAGACACCCGGGGUUCACUCACCCGCCUCACCCCCUACCUCCCCCUCAUCAACACCUGCAUCUCUCCACAGCUCCUACGGUGGGUCUGUCUGUCUGUCCGUCUGUGGAUGCGUCCCAAAUGGCCUAUAGGGCUCUAUCAAAAGUAGUGCAAUAUAGGGAAUAGGGUGCCAUUUGGGAUGCACUCUGUCUGUUCUUCCAUCAAUCUUGGAAUUUGUUUUUGGAAUACCAUUGUCAUUGGAAUCCUGUCUUGGAACUAAUUUGACCUGCCUUCUGAAUUCCACUGCCUUUCAGAUUCCAUAGAUGGUGGAAUAUAAUGUAGGCCUGGAUGGAAUUGAAAAUUCUCUUUUCAAUUCCAUCCUCAGUAGAUAUACUCUGUCAUUGGAAUUCUAUUGUGGUUGUCUUUAGAAUCUGUCCACUUCUCUCCACCAAACCUCUCUCUCUUUCUCUCUCUCUCUCUCUCUCUCUCUCUCCCCCCUUACCGCCCCUUUAUUCCCUCCAUCUCCCUCUACAGCUGUCACCCACACCCUCCCUCUUCCCAUUGCUCCAUCGCUCCUUCUUUCCAUCUAAUUUCCAGACAGUGUCAUCUGACCGUCUCUUAUCUUUAUCUUUUCUCUCACGCUUUCUGUCCCUCCCUCAAUCUCUCCUGUGCUCCCUCCCUCUGUCCCUCAAUCUCAUUUCAUCUCUAUCCCUCUUUCCUCUGGGUAAGUCCAUUUGAAUUCAAUUACUUUUUGACAGCAUCCCUACAGAGUGGUCCUCUGUAGCUCAAUUGGUAGAGCAUGGCGCUUGUAACGCCAGGGUAGUGGGUUCGAUCCCCAGGACCACCCAUACGUAAAAAUGUAUGCACGCAUGACUGUAAGUCACUUUGGAUAAAAGCGUCUGCUAAAUGGCAUAUUAUUAUUAUUAUUAUUAUUAAAACAAACUUUCCAUGUUUGUCCAAGUGACUUUUUGAUGUCAUUUAAAAGCUUACAAAUAGGGUUGUCUAACUAUUUUAUAAUUUCUUGAAUAAUUUUUUUGUGUUUUACAAAGGAUUUACAUUUUACCUUUAAAGUCUAUUAUUAUUCAGGUCCAAAAAGUCACUUUGAGCACUUCUACAAUGGAAAAUAUGUAUGGAGUGUUUCGUUUAAAUCAAAAGGGGUGCUGUCAAAAAGUGAUUGCAUUCAAAUGGAUUUACCCCACUCUUUCUCAUGUCUGGCCUGCUGCCUGUUUCUCCUCUAUCUAACCUCUAUCUUUCCCUCAGAAAAACUAUCUUUAGAAUUAGAGCACUCCUGCGAGCUCUGUAAAGCUCUGUAAAGCACUUUGUGACAACUGCUGAGUUUGAAAGGGCUUUAUAAAAUAAAUUAAUAAUUGAUUGAUUGAGCUCACAUGGAGCUAUGUGUUUUUAUGGUUUGUCUCUCUCUCUAGGCUGGUAGGCUUGGUGUUGCUGAAGGUGUUUGUCUCUCUCUAGGCUGGUAGGCUUGGUGUUGCUGAAGGUGUUUGUCUCUCUCUCUAGGCUGGUAGGCUUGGUGUUGCUGAAGGUGUUUGUCUCUCUCUCUAGGCUGGUAGGCUUGGUGUUGCUGAAGGUGUUUGUCUCUCUCUAGGCUGGUAGGCUUGGUGUUGCUGAAGGUGUUUGUCUCUCUCUAGGCUGGUAGGCUUGGUGUUGCUGAAGGUGUUUGUCUCUCUCUAGGCUGGUAGGCUGGGUGUUGCUGAAGGUGUUUGUCUCUCUCUCUAGGCUGGUAGGCUUGGUGUUGCUGAAGGUGUUUGUCUCUCUCUAGGCUGGUAGGCUUGGUGUUGCUGAAGGUGUUUUGUCUCUCUCUCUAGGCUGGUAGGCCUGGUGUUGCUGAAGGUGUUUGUCUCUCUCUAGGCUGGUAGGCUUGGUGUUGCUGAAGGUGUGUUUGUCUCUCUCUCUAGACUGGUAGGCUGGGUGUUGCUGAAGGUGUUUGUCUCUCUCUAGACUGGUAGGCUGGGUGUUGCUGAAGUGUUUGUCUCUCUCUCUAGGCUGGUAGGCUUGGUGUUGCUGAAGGUGUUUGUCUCUCUCUCUAGGCUGGUAGGCUUGGUGUUGCUGAAGGUGUUUGUCUCUCUCUCUAGGCUGGUAGGCUUGGUGUUUGCUGAAGGUGUUUGUCUCUCUCUAGGCUGGUAGGCUGUGGUGUUGCUGAAGGUGUUUGUCUCUCUCUCUAGGCUGGUAGGCUUGGUGUUGCUGAAGGUGUUUGUCUCCCUCUCUAGGCUGGUAGGCUUGGUGUUGCUGAAGGUGUUUGUCUCUCUCUCUAGGCUGGUAGGCCUGGUGUUACUGAAGGUGUUUGUCUCUCUCUAGGCUGGUAGGCUGGGUGUUGCUGAAGGUGUUUGUCUCUCUCUCUAGGCUGGUAGGCUUGGUGUUGCUGAAGGUGUUUGUCUCCCUCUCUAGGCUGGUAGGCUUGGUGUUGCUGAAGGUGUUUGUCUCUCUCUCUAGGCUGGUAGGCCUGGUGUUGCUGAAGGUGUUUGUCUCUCUCUCUAGGCUGGUAGGCUUGGUGUUGCUGAAGGUGUUUGUCUCUCUCUCUAGGCUGGUAGGCUUGGUGUUGCUGAAGGUGUUUGUCUCUCUCUCUAGGCUGGUAGGCUUGGUGUUGCUGAAGGUGUUUGUCUCUCUCUAGGCUGGUAGGCUUGGUGUUGCUGAAGGUGUUUGUCUCUCUCUAGGCUGGUAGGCUUGGGUGUUGCUGAAGGUGUUUGUCUCUCUCUAGGCUGGUAGGCUUGGUGUUGCUGAAGGUGUUUGUCUCUCUCUCUAGGCUGGUAGGCUGGGUGUUGCUGAAGGUGUUUGUCUCUCUCUCUAGGCUGGUAGGCUUGGUGUUGCUGAAGGUGUUUGUCUCUCUCUAGGCUGGUAGGCUUGGUGUUGCUGAAGGUGUUUGUCUCUCUCUAGGCUGGUAGGCUUGGUGUUGCUGAAGGUGUUUGUCUCUCUCUCUAGGCUGGUAGGCUUGGUGUUGCUGAAGGUGUUUGUCUCUCUCUCUAGGCUGGUAGGCUUGGUGUUGCUGAAGGUGUUUGUCUCUCUCUCUAGGCUGGUAGGCUUGGUGUUGCUGAAGGUGUUUGUCUCUCUCUCUAGGCUGGUAGGCUUGGUGUUGCUGAAGGUGUUUGUCUCUCUCUCUAGGCUGGUAGGCUGGUGUUGCUGAAGGUGUUUGUCUCUCUCUCUAGGCUGGUAGGCUUGGUGUUGCCUGAAGGUGGUUGUCUCUCCUCUCUAGGCUGGUAGGCUUGGUGUUGCUGAAGGUGUUUGGUGUCUCUCCUCUCUGAGCUGGUAUGCUUUGGUGUUGCUGAAGGUGUUUGUCUCUCUCUCUAAGGACUUGGUAGGCCUUGGUGUUGCUGAAGGUGUUUUGGUCUCUGUCCCUCUAUGCUGGUAGGCGGGUGUUGCUGAAGGUGUUUGUCUCUCUCUCUAGGCUGGUAGGCUUGGUGUUGCCUGAAGGUGUUUGUCUCUCUCUAUGCUGGUAGGCUGGGUGUUGCUGAAGGUGUUUGUCUCUCGCUCUAGGCUGGUAGGCUUGGUGUUUGCUGAAGGUGUUUGGGUCUCUCUAGGGCUGGGAGGCUUUGGUGUUGCUGAAGGUGUUUGUCUCUCUCUCUAGGCUGGUAGGCUGGUGUUGUGCUGAAGGUGUUUUGCUCUCUCUAGGCUGGUAGGCUGGGUGUUGCUGAAGGUUGUUUGUCUUUCUCUCUAGGCUGGUAGGCUUGGUGUUGCUGAAGGUGUUUGUCUCUCUCUCUAGGCUGGUAGGCUGGGUGUUGCUGAAGGUGUUUGUCUCUCUCUCUAGGCCGGUAGGCUUGGUGUUGCUGAAGGUGUUUGUCUCUCUCUCUAGACUGGUAGGCUUGGUGUUGCUGAAAGUGUUUGUCUCUCUCUCUAGGCUGGUAGGCUUGGUGUUGCUGAAGCUGUUUGUCUCUCUCUCUAGGCUGGUAGGCUGGGUGCUGCUGAAGGUGUUUGGGUCAGUGUUCUGCAGUGUUCAGGUCAACCUGAACCACAUGGCUCCCCUGCACAAAGCCUCAAAGCAGGUACACACACAUUCAUACACACAAACACACACACACACUGUCAUACAGACUUUUUCAUAUGUACCCCAUAGGUAUGAGGGUCUUUCUUUGCCUGGCUACCCCAAACUCCUUGCUGCGGCUAAAUGGCUACGCCACGCCCACGGACGUUAGUUUCUUCUCCGCAAUGAGUCUGGAUCUAGUACCUCCCCGACUAUUUCUAGAACGCAAACAUAUUUUAGCCGUUCUGAUUGAUCCUAGAAACCGAUGCAUUGGGCCAGAGCCAGAACACACGUGGGUAAAGCGGCGUUUCAAAAAUUCGUAAUUGCCGUUGAUACUCUGGUUAGAGAUGAUCCAAUCACUGAUUACUUUAUUUUGUACAACACCCCUCAUUUUGAUGUCACCACAAACGACUUCAAUGAUGGCAGUCUGACUGAAGUAUGUAGCGAACAUAGAGCAGCGGAAGAAUUCAGUUUGAGUCGUCAGGCAAGGUCUUUCUAGGACUCUAUGUUAAAUCAAUAGUGAUGACGCUAUAACCAUAGUAAAACCAAUUGUUGUUUUGAAGCUAAUUUACUGCAAUUCUACAUAGUUUAACAAGACUCAUGACAUAUUUGAGGUAUACCUAUAGGCUAUUUAAGGAUGAUAAUGAUAAUAAUAAUAAUAUAGGAUAAGGAUAUUUUACCCCUCAAAUGAAGGUCCCGCAUCCCCCCAGGAAACUUUGGCGCCCCCUAGGUGCGCACACAGACAUUUGAUCAGAGUGGAAGGAGAUAUGUACAGUGGGGAGAACAAGUAUUUGAUACACUGCCGAUUUUGCAGGUUUUCCUACUUACAAAGCAUGUAGAGGUCUGUAAUUUUUAUCAUAGGUACACUUAAACUGUGAGAGACGGAAUCUAAAACAAAAAUCCUGAAAAUCACAUUGUAUGAUUUUUAAGUAAUUAAUUAGCAUUUUAUUGCAUGACAUAAGUAUUUGAUACAUCAGAAAAGCAGAACUUAAUAUUUGGUACAGAAACCUUUGUUUGCAAUUACAGAGAUCAUAUGUUUCCUGUAGGUCUUGACCAGGUUUGCACACACUGCACCAGGGAUUUUGGCCCACUCCUCCAUACAGACCUUCUCCAGAUUCCUUCAGGUUUCGGGGCUGUCGCUGGGCAAUACGUACUUUCAGCUCCCUCCAAAGAUUUUCUAUUGGGUUCAGGUCUGGAGACUGGCUAGGCCACUCCAGGACCUUGAGAUGCUUCUUACGGAGCCACUCCUUAGUUGCCCUGGCUGUGUGUUUCGGGUCGUUGUCAUGCUGGAAGACCCAGCCACGACCCAUCUUCAAUGCUCUUACUGAGGGAAGGGGGUUGUUGGCCAAGAUCUCGCGAUACAUGGCCCCAUCCAUCCUCCCCUCAAUACGGUGCAGUCGUCCUGUCCCCUUUGCAGAAAAGCAUCCCCAAAGAAUGAUGUUUCCAUCUCCAUGCUUCACGGUUGGGAUGGUGUUCUUGGGGUUGUACUCAUCCUUCUUCUUCCUCCAAACACAGCGAGUGGAGUUUAGAACAAUAAGCUCUAUUUUUGUCUCAUCAGACCACAUGACCUUCUCCCAUUCCUCCUCUGGAUCAUCCAGAUGGUCAUUGGCAAACUUCAGACGGGCCUGGACAUGCGUUGGCUUGAGCAGGGGGACCUUGCGUGCGCUGCAGGAUUUUAAUCCAUGACGGCGUAGUGUGUUACUAAUGGUUUUCUUUGAGACUGUGGUCCCAGCUCUCUUCAGGUCAUUGACCAGGUCCUGCCGUGUAGUUCUGGGCUGAUCCCUCACCGUCCUCAUGAUCAUUGAUGCCCCACGAGGUGAGAUCUUGCAUGGAGCCCCAGACAGAGGGUGAUUGACCGUCAUCUUGAACUUCUUCCAUUUUCUAAUAAUUGCGGCAACAGUUGUUGCCUUCUCACCAAGCUGCUUGCCUAUUGUCCUGUAGCCCAUCCCAGCCUUGUGCAGGUCUACAAUUUUAUCCCUAAUGUCCUUACACAGCUCUCUGGUCUUGGCCAUUGUGGAGAGGUUGGAGUCUGUUUGAUUGAGUGAGUGGACAGGUGUCUUUUAUACAGGUAAUGAGUGGAGAACAGGAGGGCUUCUUAAAGAAAAACGAACAGGUCUGUGAGAGCCGGAAUUCUUACUGGUUGGUAGGUGAUCAAAUACUUAUGUCAUGCAAUAAAAUGCAAAUUAAUUACUUAAAAAUCAUACAAUUUGAUUUUCUGGAUGUUUGAUUUAGAUUCCGUCUCUCACAGUUGAUGUGUACCUAUGAUAAAAAUUACAGACCUCUACAUGCUUUGUAAGUAAGAAAACCUGCAAAAUCGGCAGUGUAUCAAAUACUUGUUCUCCCCACUGUAGGUGUGUGUGUGCAUAGAGGGAGAUUGGAGGAAUGAAUGUGUGUCAUGUCUUUUGUUCUUCAGGGUGCUUCACUGGUGUAUGUGUGUGUGCCUCAGAGUAUCGUGGACUAUGCUCUCAUCCCCCUGGUUCUCUUCUGUCACAACCUGAGAGUGCCCUACACACUCUGUCACCUACAGAUACACAACUACUGGCUCAGGUACACACACACACACACAAACACACACACACACAGACAGACAUUGAUUGGACCCCGUCUAGAACAGUGAUUGACAAAAAGACGACCUGGUAUGCCACCUCUGGCAGUUUGGCUGCUCUACUCUCUUCCUGUCACCUGACUGAUAUAACCUGCUCCUAUAGGUCAGUCCUGCAGAGACUUGGCGUGGUCCUCCUCCCACCAGGUCCAAUCACAGAACAGGAAGCAGAGACCGACAACCUCUACUCAUCAGUUAUGACCUCCGUAAGUCUGUCUCCAUCAAACAAGUGGAUUUGAGAGACCUUCGUACUUCAGGUGGAAGGAGAGAAAUGGAAUUUGGGCCAAGCAUACACACACACACACACACACACACACACGCACAAACACAUACACACACACACACACACACACACAAACACACACUCGCCAUCUUUAUUGCUCUUCUCGGCAUGCUGAUGGCAGUACUUCAAUCAGAACCCAGCCUGUCCCCAUCUCAUCUCCAGCCCCAUCUCCAUCCCCCACUCCAGCCCCAUCUCCAUCCCCCACUCCAGCCCCAUCUCCAUCCCACACUCCAGACCCAUCUCCAUCCCCCACUCCAGCCCCAUCUCCAUCCCACUCCAGCUCUGUUUCCAUUCCCAUUAACUGCCAGUCUGAAUCUCACUAGAGAAACUGUGGCGUAUGUGUUGGCUGGAGAGGAGAGAGAGGGAGGAGAGAAAGGGAAAGAGGGAGGAAGGCAGCUGUGUGUGUAAGUGUAUUUCUAUUGGCUGUGCAUCAGUGUUAAUAGACCUGCUAGUUUAUUGAGUUCAUUUCACAGGGCUGCUCUUCUGCUGGUCAAUAGUAAUUUAAUUCACUCUGAGACACAAAAACACAACUUGAGACUCUGGAAGCAUCUAGCUACUGCAGCUCUUCCUAUAGUAUCACUGGUCCGUCCUGCUAUAACUCUCUCUCUCUCUCUCACUCACUCUUUCUUUCUCUGUUCAUCCUCCCCUCUUUCCUUAUCAUCCAUGCCUUUUCAACCUCUCAGUAGGGACAGAUGCUUGAAUCGACUAUUCACCACUCCUAGGUCUCCUAUUUUUCAAUCCUCUCCUCUCUCCUUCUCUGGUCCCCCACCCCUCUUAUCGGAGGUUGUCAUUAUGUUGUGGUGGGUAAUUUAUCAGAUUCUUGCAUUCCAAAACAUGUUUAUUUCUCCAACUGCUCCCCCCUCCCCCUCUCUCUCUUUGUGUCUGUAGUUGGUUGGUGAGUUGCUGUGUGAAGGCCAGGUACUGAGUCUGUGUGUGUCAGGAGAGAGUUGUCGAGGAGGGCAAUGGUUGGCACGCAUCAGACUGUCUGUGAGAGAGGGAGCGGUGCCCGACGUCCACCUGGUUCCAGUGGGCAUCUCCUACGACUGUGCCCCCAACACCAGCACACCGGUAGAGUAUACACUGAGUGUACAAAACCUUAGGAACACCUUCCUAAUAUUGAGUUGCACCCCCUUUUGCCCUCAGAACAGCUUCAAUUCGCCGGGGCAUGGACUCUACAAGGUGUCGAAAGCGUUCCACAGGGAUGCUGGCCCAUGUUGACUCCAAUGCUUCCCAUAGUUGUGUCAAGUUGGCUGGAUGUCCUUUGGGUGGUGGACCAUUCUUGAUACACACAGGAAACUGUUGAGCAUGAAACCAGUGCGCCUGGCACCUACUACCAUACCCCGUUCAAAGGCAUUUAAAUAUUUUGUCUUGCCCAUUCACCCUCUGAAUGGCACACAGACACAAUCCAUGUCUCAAUUGUCUCAAGGCUUAAAAAUCCUUCUUUAACCUGUCUCCUCCCCUUCAUGUACACUGAUUGAAGUGGAUUUAACAGGUGACCUCAAUAAGGGAUCAUAGCUUUCACCUGGAUUCACCUGGUCAGUCUGCCAUGGAAAGAGCAGGUGUUCCUAAUGUUUGGUACACUCAGUGUAUAGCCUACAAGCACCAACAUAAAGUGUUUUAAAAAGGCGUUGGGCCACCACGAGCCAGAACAGCUUCAAUGCACCUUGGUAUAUAUUCUACAAGUGUCUAAAACUAUGCUGGAGGGAUGCGACACCAUUCUUUCACUUUGUUUUGUUGAUGGUGGUGGAAAACGCUGUCUAAGGCGCCACUCCUGAAUCUCCCAUAAGUGUUCUAUUGGGUUGAGAUCUGGUGACUGAGACGGCCAUGGCAUAUGGUUUACAUCAUUUUCAUGCUCAUCAAACUAUUCAGUGACCACUCGUGCCCUGUGGAUGGGGGCAUUGUCAUCCAAUUGGGGCAUAGGCAUGGUAGCCAAAAUAAUGGCCUACCCAGCAUUUUUCUACAUGACCCUAAGCAUGAUCGGAUACUGAAUUAACUCAGGAACCACACCUGUGUGGAAGCACCUGCUUUCAAUAUACUUUGUAACCCUCAUUUACUCGAGUGUUCCCAUUAUUUUGGCAGUUACCUGUAUAUACAAUAUAACACACACACAAAUUCAUCUUCUUAAAGUUUCCCUCCGAAGCACCCCCCCCCCCCCCCCAAAGUGUUGCUUCUGUACUUGUUUGUUACAGUGAGGGAAAAAAGUAUUUGAUCCCCUGCUGAAUUUGUACUUUUGCCCACUGACAAAGAAAUGAUCAGUCUAUAAUUGUAAUGGUAGGUUUAUUUAAACAGUGAGAGACAGAAUAACAACAAAAAAUCCAGAAAAACGCAUGUCAAAAAUGUUUUAAAUUGGAUUUGUAUUUUAAUGAGGGAAAUAAGUAUUUGACCCCUCUGCAAAACAUGACUUAGUACUUGGUGGCAAAACCCUUGUUGGCAAUCACAGAGGUCAGACGUUUCUUGUAGUUGGCCACCAGGUUUGCACACAUCUCAGGAGGGAUUUUGUCCCACUCCUCUUUGCAGAUCUUCUCCAAGUCAUCAAGGUUUCGAGGCUGACGUUUGGCAACUCGAACCUUCUGCUCCCUCCACAGAUUUUCUAUGGGAUUAAGGUCUGGAGACUGGCUAGGCCACUCCAGGACCUUAAUGUGCUUCUUCUUGAGCGACUCCUUUGUUGCCUUGGCCGUGUGUUUUGGGUCAUUGUCAUGCUGGAAUAUCCAUCCACGACCCAUUUUCAAUGCCCUGGCUGAGGGAAAGGAGGUUCUCACCCAAGAUUUGACGGUACAUGGCCCCGUCCAUCGUCCGUUUGAUGCGGUGAAGUUGACCUGUCCCCUUAGCAGAAAAACACCCCCAAAGCAUAAUGUUUCCACCUCCAUGUUUGACGGUGGGGAUGGUGUUCUUGGGGUCAUAGGCAGCAUUCCUCCUCCUCCUCCAAACACAGGCGAGUUGAGUUGACGCCAAAGAGCUCCAUUUCACCCAGUUCUCCUCUGAAUCAUUCAGAUGUUCAUUGGCAAACUUCAUACGGGCAUGUAUAUGUGCUAUCUUGAGCAGGGGGACCUUGCGGGCUCUUUGGUCUUGGCCAUGGUGAAGAGUUUGGAAUCUGAUUGAUUGAUUGCUUCUGUGGACAGGUGUAUUUUAGAAAUGAUCAGUCUAUAAUUUUAAUGGUAGGUUUAUUUGAACAGUGAGAGACAGAAUAACAACAAAAAAAUCCAGAAAAACGCAUGUCAAAAAUGUUAUAAAUUGAUUUGCAUUUUAAUGAGGGAAAUAAGUAUUUGACCCCUCUCAAUCAGAAAGAUUUCUGGCUCCCAGGUGUAUUUUAUACAGGUAACAAGCUGAGAUUAGGAGCACUCCCUUUAAGAGUGUGCUCCUAAUCUCAGCUCGUUACCUGUAUAAAAGACACCUGGGAGCCAGAAAUCUUUCUGAUUGAGAGGGGGUCAAAUACUUAUUUCCCUCACUGUAGAUGGUGAUGGUGUUCCGUUGUGGGUGGGUUAGUGUUCCCUCUUCAUCUUAUUGUUAAUCUGACACACACACAUUUCAUCCUAUUGUUCAUUAAAAGAGCCUGCUCAUUAUUGUUAUUGCUCCCCUAAUCUUCCUCUUAAUGGGAGAGCCCCAUUAUGAUAUCAUCAUCAUAACUCAUCUGUGUGUGCGUGUGCUUAUGUGCAUAUUCUAUACUUCUAUUCUAUCUGUACUUCCAUUCUCCUCUCACUAAUCGUUCCCUCAAGUAUCCUAAGAACUUCCCACGUCCCCAUGAGGACAAAGGCUAUUUUAAGCUUAGGUGUUAGGGUUACUAUUAGGGUUAGGGUAAGGGGUUAGGAGUUAGGUUUGGGUUAUGGGUUAAGGUUAGAGUUAUGAUAAAGGUUUAGGGGUUAGGGAAAAUAGGAUUUUGAAUGGAAAUGUAUUGUAGGUCCCCACGUGGAUAGAAGAACAUAACGUGUGUGUGUGUUGAUAUGUAUUCCAUAUCCCCCAGGUUGGUCUGCUGUCUGCUCUGAGGUGUGUGUUCUCCUUGCUAUGCGGCAGCCGACAGAGAGGUAGUGUGAGGAUCCACUUCGCCCAGCCCUUCUCUCUAAAGGUAUGUUCAGCCUAGUCUCUCAACCUUGUUCGGACCAGGAACUGAUUGGUAUGCUAUUGUUGUUCCUUCAUGGAGGACUGUGCUGCUUAGCUUAAAACGAACUCUCUCCAACAGACAGGGAUUAAGAAACACUGAAGGCUUAGUAUUUCUGAAGUGUAGUUGUGACUAGGGCUGUGGCGGUCAUGAAAUUUUGUCAGCCGGUGAUUGUCAAGCAAAUAACUGCCGGUCUCACGGUAAUUUACCGUUAAUUAACAUAAACACAUUUAGCAUCUCCUGGCUUCCACACAUGUAGUUGGCCACCAAGCCACUGAUGCAGACCUUUGGAACAUCUACAUUUAAAAAAGUCUAAUAAAUCCAUCUACACCAGCCUACACCAUCACAAUAAAUUCAUUAUUUAUUUUAGACAGGUCUAAAGAAACAUGAUAUGAAGGAAAUGUAGUCUAUUUCAGAAGAACAGAAUAGCAUGCUCUGAGUUGUCCUUAUGCUAGAUCCUGAUAUGGUUAUGCCAAAUGACUGUGGGCUACACUAGUUAAUUUAGCAGACAAGAUUUGCUUAGAAUUCCAUGGAAUUAUUUUAUAAUAUUUUAUAGAAUGAAGAAUAAAAUUGAACAUAGCUGAAUAAAAUAGAAAGGAUAUUUUCUCCAAACGAUUUGAGGGAAUGCGCACAUGCGGCUAUUCUGUGUUGAGCGGUUAAAAAAGAAACAGGUACUCCUAUAUGCUUAAUUUAGAAUUAUUUAUGUAACUUUAGUUGUGAUACAAAUGUUGGGCUAUAUUUUUUUAUGUUUUAUACAUUCUAAGGCUGUAUGAUACGACAAAUUAUGAUUUGAAAAAAGUUGCAUGAAAGGCAUGAGCUCUGCUUUCUUUUUUUCGCAGGCUGUACACACUUCAUCAGCCUCUCAUUCACAAUUUGACAAGCACUUAAUAAUGCCUCUAUUUCCCGACUGCAUCCCCUUUGUGUGGCCGUAAUGCCCCCUAAAAAGCAGCCAGUGGCCGUUGUGCCCUUGGGAUGAAUAUAAUAAUUAUAAUUCCCUUCUCCCGGCUGCGUGCUCCGAAGCACCUCUCAAUCGCAUGGCUCUCAGUCACGUGGUACGGGUCUUUCUCACAGGCUACAAGUGAAGACAGACACAUCGGGGACGCAACUGUGCGCGUCCUUAUCCAAUUCCGAGGUGCAUAUUGAAGAUAUUGGAAGAACUGUCCACAUUUACUUUCCGUCAGCCAACAAGAUGAGUAGGCCUAACGAACAGCAAAAGCACUAGUCUAUGUCAAUCUAUUAUCCCCCAUAGUAUAAAAGUUGACCUAUUCUAUUCUGUGCGAUAAAAAAAAUAUAGCCUGAGACAGUUAUGGAAUGCGAUAGAUCCCAAAUUAAUACAACCACUAGCAUCAAAAAACCUGUUUUAAGCAAUGAGCCUGACAAAACAGAUGAGAACGUUUAGCUUAAAAUGUUGAUAAACUAUUAGGCUAUUUCUUCACAUUAUAAGCGCUGCAAUGCGCAAAUGGCAGUAGGCUAUAAGCGCAAAUGUUCCAUUAGCAGGAAAACACCAUUUUCCCGUGGUUCAUUUUCAUGCCAGUCAGGUAGGCUAUACUCCUGUUUUAAAGAGAAACAAUGUGCUUAAUAUUAGGAAAGUUGAUAAAUAAAUAUAGUAGGCCUAGCCUAUAGAAUUCUGAUGGGAUCCUCCUCUUUUUAAUAGAGGCCAUCAUUCUGUUUUGUCACUCAAUUGCAUAGCCUAUAGAAAUGUUGCGCAACAUGAGCUCAUGGGCUCUCAUUAAGUGUUUGAUUAGAUUUGCAUUGAUGUCAGAGUGAUUAGAGGGACAAUAGAGUGCUGAGUACCAGGCAGUUAGCAAGUUUGGUAGGCUACUAAUGACCAUCAGCAGCAUCAGAGCUUGGAGAAGCCUAAUUAACCACAUGGAAUUUGACUGCCGUCAUGACUCGUGACCGACGGUGUGGCGGUUAAUAUGAACAGACCUAGUUGUGACUGAGUGUGUGUGUGCAUGCAUGACUUUUCUCUCUUCUCUGUGUGUGUGUGUGUGUGUGUGUGUGUGUGCGUGCGUGCGUAGGAGAUGUGUGACACAGGGAGGUGUCGUGUGGAUAGAGGACGCCCUCUACAGGACCUCCUGCUCCCUACCAUUCUACACACGAGGUGUGUGCAUGCGCGUGCGUGCGUCACAUCUUAUCUCAAUCUCUGCUGUUCAAUGCUCACUUUUUAUGAAACUCAGAGGGGGAGGAAGAGAGAGGAAGAUGGGAAAAGGAGAGAAAGAGUUGAAAGGGGGUAUCAGCAGUGGGCACUGAAGAUGGAUGGAGAGAGAGAAAGAGUUUGUGUUGAGUCAAUCCUACUGGCUUUACUUGGUUUAUUGUGUCUGUUUAAAGUCUCUAUUGUUCACAGCUCAAAUAGUAAACACACAGCAGUGAACAGGAGAGCUGGCCAAACCAAGCUGGGGCCUGGUGGGAUGCAGACACACACACACACACACACACACACACACAAACAUACACACACACACACUUUUGAUCUGACUCAAAGACAAACACACUCAUUCAAAGUGCCUAACUGAUGCUCACACACCCUGCAGUCUCUACUCUCUAGGUUUUAUGCUUUUUCUAUCCGGCAUCGCUAAUUGAGAUCAUUUCCUGUUUUGAAUUAGCUGAUUUGAUGAAAGGUCUUUAGACUGAUAUGUGUGUGUGUGUGCGUCCUUGCCCUCCCUCCAGGUCUGAUGCGAUAUUUGGCCAGAGGAUGAUGUCAUGGGUCCUGCCCCCUCGUUAUGUGCCUGAGCUCUGCCAGUCAGAGAGAGACCUCAGCAUCGCCCUCACCCUGCACCUCAUCUACUGUGAGUUGCGCGCACACACACACACACACACACACACACACAUACAUACAUACAUACAUACAUACAUACAUACAUACAUACAUACAUACAUACAUACAUACAUACAUACAUACACAUACCAACACGGUACACACACACACACACACACACACACAGAGCGAUACAUGCAAACAUACAAACAUAGUACAUACACACACACCUACCCUGCCCUUCAUCUACUGUGAGUCCAUUGCCAGUCCUAAAUCAACCCCUAGUCCUAACCCCUAACCUGUAGACUCUUCUUGAUUCCCCCUUGUACAUCAGGAAGGAUCAGAUCAGCUAUACAGUACUAGGCUGUGGAGUUUCCACCAUAUAUUUGACAUAUUAUAUCACUGUUUAACCCCUCCUCUCUCUCUAUCUCACCCUCUGUCUGUCUCUUCAUCUCUUUGACAUGUUAUAAUGCCAGUUCCAGUCUAUGUAACAUGUAAUAUACCUGCCGUUUUUCCUCUUCUUAGCCACUAUGUCCUGCAUGGCUGUGAUGUCUACUAGCCUGGUCUCCUGUCUUCUACUGCACAAACACCGCAAGGUACGAUAUGUGUGUGUGUGUGUGUGUGUAUUAGAGAGUGAACUAUUCUCCUGCCAGUCUCAUGGUGAUGUCACAGGGAACACACACCAUAUAUGACAAUAAACUCAGCCUGGGGGUUAAGGAGUCCUGUGUUUUUCUGCUUAUUUUCUGCUUAUUGUUUCUGUGUGUUGACGUUAUUAGUGUCGCUGACGCUGACUUUCUGCUCUCAAAGGGGCAAAGCGCUGUUCUUUCAUUAGUUUGUCUGUUCAGCUCACCCCAUUUUCUCUCUCUCUGUCGAUCUCUCUCUCUCCACCCCCUCCCUCUAUCCAGGGUGUGUGUCUGUCUGUGUUGUGUCGUGACGUGGCCUGGCUGCUGGAGGAGAUCUUGUUCAGGAACAGAGACGUGGGCUUUGGGGGGAGUCUGGUUGGGGUGGUCUACCACUCCCUCACCCUCCUCACCCCUCACCUCACCCUCGCUGCCCAUCCCAAAGACAGGUCUGUGUGUCUGUGUGUGUGUGUGUCUAUGUCUGUGUGUCAGUGUAUGAGAGGGGGAAUGACAAAACCAUUUCCCUCCCUCUCUCUCCCUCCCUUCUUCCAGGUCUGAUCCCCUCAUCGCUCCCCACCCCUCUCUCUCCGCCACUCUCUCUCUUUCCCGCCAUGCCCAGAUACUCUCACACACCUUCAUCCAUGAGGCCGUCGGAGGUACGUGUGUGCAAAUUCAUUACCACAUUCACAAUCUUCAUUGGUUAGUUGCAUUAAAGUUGCAUUAUUUAUGUCUCUUUUUCCUACAAUUGACAACGUGUGUGUGUGUCCAGCGUGUGCGGUGUCGGCCAUGCUGUGUGAAGUGGCAGGCUGUGGGGGCAGUAGCAGGGUCAGGGGUGAAGAGAUUAAAGGUGACGAGGUCAGAGGGGAGAUGGAGUUUGACGUGGCACUGUGUCAGGACGAACUGACUGAGAGAGCCCUGCAACUCACACACCUACUGCCCCCGGGGUAUAUGCCUGUGAGUACGCACACACACACUGCCCCACGGGGUAUAUGCCUGUGAGUACGCACACACCUACUGCCCCCGGGGUAUAUGCCUGUGAGUACGCACACACCUACUGCCCCCGGGGUAUAUGCCUGUGAGUACGCACACACACACUGCCCCCGGGGUAUAUGCCUGUGAGUACGCACACACACACUGCCCCCGGGGUAUAUGCCUGUGAGUACGCACACACACACUGCCCCCGGGGUAUAUGCCUGUGAGUACGCACACACACACUGCCCCCGGGGUAUAUGCCUGUGAGUACGCACACACACACUGCCCCAGGGGUAUAUACAUGUGAAUAGUACACAUUCAAACACACACAUAACUACUACUGUGCCUGGAUAUACUGUAAUAGUCACUACACACAACACACACACACACACACACUCAGCCAGCCAGCCAGCCAGUCCAGUGUAUCUUAUUCAAUGAAUGUUUAAUGGAGCAGCACAGCCAUUCAUCUAGCUCUGAGAGGAAAAGAGAGAGAUAUAUUGUGUAUGGAGUGUGUGCUCUCGAACUCUCACUGUCCUCAAAGGCUUUUAAUCAAAGACAUAAAUACUAGGCUUUUCUCCUUCCCUCCCUCUCUCUCUCCAUUCCCUCCUUUGUCUAAUUGCAUCAGUUUUUAUUUCUGACUCACACUUUUUCUCUCUUUCCUCACCCCCCCUACCCCUCUCUUUUCCCCCCUCUUCUCCCUCUCUCUCUCUUUCUCCUCUCUAAACCUAUUGUGUGCUACACUCCAUCUCCUGUGGUCUCUGUUAGCUGUCUAUAUAGCUUGUAGAUAUCUGAUCUGUAGGUGAUGUGGAUGGCAUAUUGACUGAUAGCUGCCUGUCUGUCCACCAGUAGCAAUAAUGCUCUAAGCUCCGACUCACCCCAUUUUUCUGUCUCUCUCUCUCUCUAGCCGUGUCAGUCAUCACAUGGCUUUGCUCUGGAUGCAGUGGACACACUGGUGCGUUGUGGCAUCCUAGUGAUGGAGGAGGUGAGAAGCCAUCGCACACAACACACACACACACACACACACAAACGUACAUCUCUCACAACACACUUUCACCAUUUCAACCCAGUCAUUGGCCUUAUGUCAUUUAUAUCCCGUGUGUGUGUAGGUUCCUAGGGACACUCCGAUCUGUGAUUUCUGGAGGAAGGAGGGUACUCUGACCUGGAGUGCUUCAGACGACCAUUCUGACUCUGACUGUGAAGAAGGAGAUGCACGCUCCUUCAAGGUACACACACACAGAACUACUAAUCAACUAAACUCAGUGACUGAAAUCUUAGGUAACAUUUUAAAGAAUUAUCGUGGAAAUUCUUACACAGGGACACUCGAAGUCAAUCUUAAUUGAAUCAUUGUUUAUUGUCAGCACGCUGGGGAGGUGCCAACAAACUUAAUGCACCAUUGUAAACGUCUGUCAGAAGCUC